AUUCAUUGCAAUUCAUUCCAUGCAAUCAGCCGACAUGGUCGAGCCGGUCGAGGUGCAACUCUGCAGCGACCUCGUUCAGCUUCUCCAUCUCCCGAGUGACUACUGCUGCUGCUGCUGCAACUACUCCCCUUCUAAGAGGCCGGCCGCCGCGGCCGCGGUGUUCGAAGCGGGCCCGAGGAAGAUCGCGAGGAGGAGGCCGUUGAGGCUGCUGAUUCCGGAGCCUCCUCCCAGUGCUGCUGCAGUCGUCUCCGGCUUUGCUAAUUGUGAUAAGGAGAUUGUUCAUAAUGAGUUUGAAGUCGAAGGGAAGGGGUAUACUUUGGCAUGGAGGAAAGGGCAGAAUAAACAUGUGAUGGAGGAUGGAUACGAAGUCAUUGGCAACAUUAAUGAUGAUCCAACACAGGCAUUUUUUGGUGUAUUUGAUGGACAUGGUGGGCGUGCAGCCGUUGACUUUGUCUCCCAAAAUCUAGGGAAGAACAUUGUGUCAGCUCUUGAGGAAGAAGAAAACCAACCAGAUUUGGCAAUUAAAGCUGGAUAUUUGACUACUGACAAGGAUUUUAUUACACAGGGUGUCAAGAGUGGAGUCUGUGUGGCCACUGUUUUAUUGAAGAAUGGUGAGCUACAUGUUGCAAAUGUGGGGGAUUGUAGGGUUGUUCUAAGCCACAAGGGAAUCGCGAAAGCCCUAACGGCCGACCACCGUGCCGGGAGAGAGGACGAAAGAGAAAGGAUCGAAAACUUGGGUGGAUAUAUUACUUGCCGAAAUGGAGUGUGGAGGGUCCAAGAUUCAUUAGCUGUGUCGCGAGCAAUUGGCGAUGCGAACAUGAAGGAGUGGAUAAUCUCUGAACCCGAAGUGAACAAAAUUAGAUCGACACCGGAGUGCGAGUUUCUAAUAGUGGCCUCAGAUGGUUUAUGGGAUAAGGUUGGUAAUCAAGAAGCAAUAGAUGUUGUUUCGAAGCAUUUCGACUCCGUAAAGGCGUGCAAAGAUCUUAUUAAGUUAUCUUGUAGUAGGGGUAGCAAGGAUGACAUUACCGUCAUGGUGGUGAACCUUCAACAAUUUGUACAAAUGAGAAAUGUUGUAAGUUAGGGUUAAGAGAAAGGCAUGUCAUAAAGUAGGAAAAUAGCUAAAGAAUUUAUGUCAUCAAAUUGUAAAUGAAGAUGAUACGAAA